GAGCGAUAGCGAGUGAAUGAAAUGCUUGACGUACAGAUGCGAAAUAAUCGCACAAUCCACUAUUCAAUUGAAGGCAUAUAAACGUAUGAACGAAUGAAAAAUGUUUGUGCGGGAAAAUAAGAGAAAAUGCAUAAGUGCAAAAUACAAAUGAAUAAAGAGUUAUAUUAUUAUAAAAACACGCAAAGUCAAUUCAACGGAUAAAGGAGCCAGUAAAGUGGCUGGGCAUUAGUGCAGUGCAGUAUCGUGUCCCGUAUCUGUGUGUGAUUGGGCGUGUUUAAGUGUUUGUGCACCCGAGAAUACGGCAAAGGCAAAAGUGAAAACUUGCUUUUUUGUCGUCGUUGUUGCCAUCAUCGUUGGUCGUUGUCGUCGUUGUAUUUUCGCAUAUUUCGCGACGGCAAAACUACGAGUGUAUUUCGCUAAAUAACCAGCCAACCAACCAAAUAGUCAGCCAGCCAGUUUUGGCCGCGGCUUUGUAUUCGGCAAUAAAAAAAAUAAAGUUAAAUUCCUGGAACUCGAAUUUGCGAAAUUGAAAGGCGCGCGCGUGUUUUUCGCAUACUUAAACAUAAAAAACUUUAAGAGGAUAUAUGUGAUCAUUUAAAACCAACUUGAAAAUACAUACAAUACAAGUGUUUGAAAAGAUUUUAAAGUGCUGCUGGCCAGUGAAUUGGAAACGGUCCAAAGAUAUAUUUGCACCGAGGGGGGGCCUUUCGACCGACCGUCACAUUUGCCACCGCAUCGCUAAACCACAGAGGCGGGAUUAUGUCAUUUUGUAUGUGUUUGUAUGUAUGUAUGUGUGAAAUUCCAACUAAUUAAUAAAUCGAAAUGCUAUAAAGCGCCACAACGAAUCAGAUCUGUGAAUUAAAUAUAUAUAUUUUUUAUGAAAGUGCUUAACUGAAGACAUGAGUGUGAAAAGUUAUGCGAAAAUGUAGCAAAAACGAGAAUAGUAAUCAAACUUUUAAAACAUAUUAAGUUUAGUGCAAAAAAAAUCUGCAUUUAGAAAAUGUUUUCAGUGAAAUGGCGUCGCAAUUCAGUCGCUGGCGAUGCAGUCCUCGGUAAAAAUUCCCACAUUAGAAAAAGCAGUAAGAAAUUUAACAAAACGAAAUUUUGCGACGGCAAGUCAAGAAAGCAAGCACGUUGUUGUCAGUUUGUUGAUUUUACAAGCAACCGUAAAAGUUAGAAGUUUGAAAUCAACAAAAUAAUACGUAAUUAUAGAAAUAUUGUUUGUGCUCGCAAUUAAAUGGCAACAUUCAAUGGUCAUAGCACUACCGCCGCUACGGAUUUGUUGGGAUCCUCGGUUGCCGUCGCGGCUGCCACAGAGCAUUUUGAACGUAGCACUGCUGCGGCUACUACAACGUUUUUGCUACCCUCCACGGCGACGGCAAAUGGAGCGCCGUUGCAUUUAGAACCUUUUAGUCUUGCUGGUGGUCCACAUUUUGUCACAACCACUACAUCACCAUUAAGUGGUGCAAAUGCUGGCCAUCAUCAUCAUCCACAUCAACAACAGCAGCAUCACCACCAUCAACAAACUAAUUCCACUUCAACCAGUUAUACAUUCGUACAAAUUAAACGCGAACCUUGCCAAGUAUCGGAGGUUACCUCUGCUAAUUGCCAUCAAACACAACAGCAACAGCAUCACCAGCAGCAUCACGUGUCUACAUCAUCGACAGGUGGCAGUGGCAUUGGUAUUGGAGUUGGCAUGGGGGUUGGUGUAGCCUCAUCAACAUCCAGUUGCUCGGCUUCCAUAUCAGCAGCUUCCAAAACGAUGUCAUCGUCGUCUACGCUAACAACGCUAGUGAAGAUUGAGGCUUCCUCACCGAAGGUGAAUGAAAUGGAUAAAACACCAACUGUGAAUACACUUGCCGCAGCGCCAACAAUGUCUAACACAAAUAACACGGUGCCUAUUGGUAUUGCCGUGGCGCGUAAACGACCACAAGAAACGGCGGGAACACUCUCUAAUGCUGCACCGAUUCCAAUGCAACAAACGCUUAAUAAGGACAUGAAUUGCUUUGGUAUACGCGUAGCGGAUUUAGGUGGUGUUAGUACUGGCUGCAGCAACAUCUAUUUUACGGGUAACGGUGACUUAGUGACUGGGUCAGCGACCGCCGAGGAAUUGGCGCUCAGCGCCGCUGGUGUGCAAAGUGUAAAUCGUGCACCGUCAACCUUUUGGCAAUAUCAAAAUGCGCUUCCCAUUGAGUCAGUGAUUUCCAUGUCUCCAGCCACCGUGGGUUUGCAGUAUUCGCGCGAUGCAAGUCGCAGUCAAGUGGUACUUUUGCCGGCUACACCAGCCGCCUUAGGCAUAUCAAAUUUUCCAAUCUAUACACCCACAGAUCCGUUCCAACAGGCGGCGGCUUUUGUUUGGCCAUCAUACAUACCGCAGGGUACAACGCCGGCUUCUGCCGCUGCGGCCGCCACCCUACAGCCGCCGCCCAAUUUUAUAUUCCCUUCAAUGAGCCCACAUUCGACGCUACAGCCGCAGUCUUACGCCACGUCACUCCAACUUUUCGGCUCGAAUUACUUAACCGCGGCUGCAGCUGCUGCCGCAGCCGCCGCUGCCACUUCGACACUUUGCCAACACAAUCAACAACAAACUAACACACAGCAGACCACAAAUUCAAUCAACUUAAGCUUGGCCGCACCGGGCGGUAUACCAUCGAGUGGCGGCGGCAGCGGCGUUGUAGGCACUAUGAACAGCAGCAACAAUAUGAAUAGUUCAAGUAGCCGCUUUCUGAGUUUGGCAACUACAGGUGCGUCCGCUUCCAACAUACUCGAAGCUCCGAAACCACAAAAAACCCUACAGCCAACAUUGACGCUACCGCCACCACCGUCCACAGCUGCAUUACCGCCCCCACCUUCGCUCAUUCUACCGCCUGCCGCAUUGAAAAUCGAAGACUGGUGUGCGACGGAUUUUAUGGCGGCUGCGGCGGCAGCAACGGGAAAAACCCAUCAUGCGGGUUUGGGCACGACGCCGUCGUCAACGUCUCAUCCAAUUGCUUUGAAUUUCGAUGGUCGGGAUAAAACGACUACAAAUACAACGAAUCUGUUGGAUUUGCACAACGCUGCCGCCGUUAAUGCCCAGGCAUUAAAUUUAAUGCGUUUGCCGACCCCUCCAACGUCGGCGACUAUGGAGUCGGCGGCUGCAGCUGCUGGUGGGCCACAGUUGCAACCACAAUUACUAUUUCAGACCACUUCGACACCAUCGCCGGCUUUACUCAAUUUAUCUGCAUCGUUACAGCGCGGUACGGCUGGCAGCGUUACUGGCGCCACUACAACUGUGACUCCCACAGGUAUUUUCAUAAAUGGUGGUGGGACUACGGGACCGCCAUCUACACUUUCGACCACUAUCGGUCCACCAACGCCAUUGGGGGAUGAGACGACGGCAAUCAAUUUUAAAACAAGUCCAGUAGAAGCUGGGCCGUCGCAGUCGGUGAGUGGUAUAGUGGUGGGUGUGCCUCGUGCAAUAAACAACAGUGGCCAAACGCCUCAGUCAGGUCCACCACCCCAAAUGCAAGAUGUAAAUAUACAAACCGAUACACCGGUCUGUAGUGAUGACGAGAACUCAACGUGUCCGCUUGCCAUACAACAGCAACAGCAACAGUUGCAACAACAGUUGCAAUCAUCACAGGUGAAUCCGAUGAAUUCGCCGAAUUACAACAAUGAUGAUGAUGUACAAGAGCCUUUGGAGUUAACAAAGCAGAGUUGUCAUAAUGGUAACGUACAUUGUUCCGAAACUGGUGGAUUACCCAUAACAACAACGUCAACAGCAACCACGACAGAAACAAAUCAUAUUGUGUGCCAUAAUGAAGCCAACGCAGCGGCGAAUGGGGAAGCUGAAGGUUACGAAGUUUUAACGCAACCUCCUCCACCAUCGUCUUCAGCGGGCGAAGCCGUUCCAAUGCUUUCAGGUAAUGAACCAGUGCAUUACAAUGAGCAUCAACAGCAACUACAGCAAUCCGGCCCAGAAGAUCUAACCGGCCUGGAGCUGCUAUCAAACAUCAGCACUAGUACGCUGGCGAGUAAAGGUAUCGGCGUAGGCAUUGGCAUGACAAUGGUGCGUGUUAAGCAGGAACCACUCGACCACAUGGACGCACCCGUUUCUUCAAUGAGCGAUGAAUUGUCAUCAUCAACUGUCGCGCCAUCCUUACCGUCACAAAUGCCACAAUUUAUCACACAGCAAUCGGAUGUAUCGCAGCCGGUUUCGGGCAGCUGCGACUCUUGUGUGCCUAGAGAGGCUGAAAUGCAGCGACAAACAACUCCGCUGCCCUUGCUGGCUCACGCGCUCCCACCCACACCUUCAUCUAACGUGCCCACAACGAUAGUAGAGCCUCUGGGCGGUUUGAAUUUGCUCUGCGCUCUAGCUGAACAACGCAUCCAAGAAGAAGUUCAGAGCAGCCGUGGCAAUUUGUUCACUGAAAGCGAGUCGCCGCCACCGUCACGCUCUACUUCAUCUUUCGGACGUCAACAGACGCCCGAAUUACAGAGCCGUUCACAUCCGUCGCCCUAUCGUUUGGAACAAUCUUCGUUUCCCUCAAUGGAAGGUAUCGAGCUGCCUUCGACGAGUGGUCUUGGUCUCGGUAUUGGUGGUGGUGGCGGCGGCGGCGGAGAACCGCCAGUGAAGCGCAAAAAGCACAAACAUUCCAAAUCAUCAAAAUCAUCUUCAUCAUCGACGUUGGGUGGUGUUGGCAAGAAGUCACAGCGCUGCUCGAAGAAGAGCAAGAAGAAAUACGCCAAGGAGAAGCGUAAACACAAGCAACAACAACAACAAUUGUUGGCUUCUGCAGCUGCCGCAGCGGCUGCGUCUGCCUCUGCUUCCGACGAUGUCGACUUCGAGGACGAGCAAUUACAACAAGAACUGAAGGGCGCCUUUAACCGUAUCGAUCCCAACUUCCAAUUGCGUUUCGGUCAGUGGACCAAUGCACAAGAGAUAUUCGAGCUAAUGGAGAGUGAUAUGCGUAUGCGUUUAGCGGACAUAACGCGUCAAUAUCGCAAGAAAAAGCGAAAGCUCGACGAGAUCUCCAAAAAUAAGAAGAAGAAAAAAUGCGCAAAAUUGCUUGCCGCACAACAACAACAACCCACACUGUCACUCUCAUCAUUGGGUGCUGGUAGUGUCGGUGGUGGCCUCUCCUGCAGCACGACAGGCACAUCUCUACCACUCUGUGAUUACAAGUUUCCGAAAUUCUCCACUAAUAGCAGUGUAGUGGGUGCCACUUCAACGCCCUACUUAAAUCGUUCCAGUUUUCUGCGCUUCGGCGAGAAGCCACCAUCCGCCACACCCACACUUCCACACGCACAAUUUCCGCCCCCUGAAUGCGACAAUUCAGAAGACAACAACACGCUUUCGGCUAGCAGCUCCACGGGCCCAUCCUUGCCCGUUUACAAACCAGUGCGACUAGGUCCCAGCGCUUUAGCGGGUGCGGUUGCGGCAGCAUCACUAGGCGUCGACAUGCGAAAUGGCGGCACACCUCAGCGUCAUGCGCAAAAGCACACAUCUUCGGAUAAAUGCCCAAGCACGACAAUAGUAUGCAAAGAGCCGAAGUUAAUUGUUGGUGUUACGUCAACAUCUACUUCGGUUGCCGUCAAUAGACGUUCGAAAGAGGGGCAUUCUUCGGCCGAUGAGCAGAGUUCGGUUAGCGUAUCUACAUCGCUGAUACAAAAAAUGGGAACGAACGUUAAACAGCAGAAUUCCAAGCACUCGGCGCAGCAAAGGCAAGAGCAGCAUCUGUCAUCUGUGGCUCAAACUUCUCAGUCACCGCAGUCCCAACAGCAAGCAUACAGAAAAGCAAUAGACCCACGUGAUCAUCAACUAAUGCUGACCAGUGAUCAUUUAUAUAGAAAGGAAACGCGAGUGCUGACCGACAUGGGUGGUCUCUUCUAUGCCGGCGUGAUGAAACCACUUCAACCGCCUGACGUGUACGCGAUCACAUUGGAUGGCGAGCGUGGUAAUAAAUCGCAUAUAAUGUCGCGCGAGGAGAUCUUCAAGGAUACUAUUCUGGAGGUGGCGCCUAAAUCUGUGGAGAGUGUACCUGUUGGCACACGACUUUGUGCCUAUUGGAGUCAGCAAUACCGUUGCCUUUAUCCGGGUCGUGCUAUCGAGUCUGAAUCAUCCGAUGACGGUGAAACACCGAACGAUUCUGUAAGCGUGGAAUUUGACGAUGGCGACAGUGGACGCAUACGUUUACAGAAUAUACGCUUCCUACUAAGUGACUAUCCCAUUGUGGGCAAGCACAAGAAAUCGAGCGCUGGUGCGCGUAACGUCAACGGUUCCGGAAGCAGUCACAAUUCUAAUGAUGCUCACGAUCACAUUUCCACAUUUGCACUCGCCGAUAUGUCAGCCGCGGCGCCAUCAACAUGCGGCAGCGAUCCGCCAACACAGAGUGCGAAAGAUUUAAGCGCCCAGCGUAAGGAGAAGAAACGCAUUAAGAGUUUGAAGAAGAAAUCACAAGCAGCAGCAGCGUUAGCAGCAAACGGCAUCGCAAAUACAAUACCGGUGACAGUUAAUGGUGGACAACCACUUGUCGCGUCCACUGUGAAUGGCACAAGUGGUGUGGACGAUGCUACCGAGUGCAAUCGCAAACAUCACAAACAUAAAAAACGCAAAAAGCACAAGAAACAUCAUCAUCGCAAGGCGAAUGGUGAAUGUGAAGCGAUUAAUGGUGCUAAUAAUACGUUCGUAAUCAAAAACGCCGGUUUGGCGCCAAGUGGCAAUUUUCUGACGUCUACACCGAUCACCUACAAAGGUAAACGAGAAUACCCUGCAACAGUUGGGGAUAAUCACAGCAACAAUACGCUAAUGGCAACGGAUGCCGAUGAAGUUGCCGAAGAGCACGUCGUGCCGGAAGUGGCGCGAAAGGCACAAACACAGGGUGGCGCCUUCCAAGCAGUAACUGGUCACAGCAAGUCACAAACUCAAAACGCAUCGGCUUGCCUGCCCGCUGCGGCUGCAAUUAAGAUGGAAACUGUGCCGUCGACGGCGGCGUCAAAUGCUAAAGUUAAAACUGAGCAUUUGGAUUUGGAGGAAGAGAGCACAUCAAAUAUGAUGUCCGAGCUAUCGGAUGAGAACAAAUGUGAUGACGAGGAGGUGGAGCACAAUAAUUCGAAGGGCAGCAAAAUUGCUGCUUUUCUGCCGGAGCGACAGCUCUGGGGUUGGCAGGGUAAAGCUUAUCGUAAAGCUGGUAUUAAGGGCAGAGCCCGCAAGCAAUUCUAUAAAACAAUCAAAAGGGGAAAAGAAACAAUAACUGUUGGGGAUUGUGCAGUAUUUUUAUCAACUGGUAGACCAGAUAGGCCAUAUAUUGGACGCAUUGAAUCCAUGUGGGAGACAACGUCCAGCAAUAAAGUAGUACGUGUACGAUGGUUUUAUCAUCCUGAAGAGACAACGGGUUGUCCGAAUCUUAAAUAUCCGGGCGCUUUAUUUGAAUCACCACACGAGGACGAAAACGACGUCCAGACGAUAUCGCAUCGCUGUGAAGUACUACCGUUUGAGCGUUACUUCGCUAAAUUCGGUGCUGAUUCGAAGCAAUAUCAAUCGAUUUAUGAUAAUAAUGAUACAUACUACUUAGCGGGCUAUUAUAAUCCGCGAGUCCAGGUGCUCAAUCUGCAGGAGGAGAUACCAACGCUUAAGGCAGAGCAACAGCAGCAGCAGGCAAAACAGCUUGAGCAAAAGCAGCAGCCAUUGCAGGAGCAGCAACAACAACAAAACGAUGUAGACAUAGAUAAUAUAAAUGCGGUUGUUGAUUAAUAUAUAAGAUGAAAGUAGUAACUUGAGGCCCAAGAAAUCACAUUUAAAUACUAAAUACUUUAAGGAGUAAUAAACAAAACAAAAAUUAAGUUAAAAAUAUGUAUGUAUGUAUAUGUAAAAAAAUGAAAGUAUAUAUAUAUAUGUAUCGAUAUAUAAAAAAUAUAUAUGGGCAUGUGCCACACAUACAUAUUUAGAUUAAAAAAAUUCACAAUGAUAAAGAAGCAAGUAAACUAACAGUAAAACUUAAAAAGUAUGUUUUGUUCUAUAUAUGGACAGAUGGACAUGCAUAUGAUAGGCAAUAGCAACAAAUGUCACUCAACUAGGCCGGCUAAGUUGUGCUGUAGAAAUGUUUAUACUAUAUGUGUAAGUAUAAGUGUGAAUCGAUUUAAUUUUAGAGGAGAGAGAGUUAAAAGGAGCUAAUUGCAAAACAUGAUGAUACAAAAAGAGAAUCACUAUAUAUUAUAUUAAAUAUAUUAUUACAUUAUAUAUAUAUAUAUAUAUAUAUAUAUAUAUAUAUCUAUGCGAAAGAGAUACAACACGUAAAGAGCAUAGCAUGCUAAAUGUCGAUGAGUAACAUUUAUGAGAUAAAGAGAUAACUUUAAUUUUAAAUGUAAUAAAAAAUACUUAUAUAUACAUAUAUAUAUUAUACAAAUAAACGUACACAAACAAAGAUUCAUGAAAACAGACGAACUUAUUACGAACACUUACAGACGAUUAUACAAUAAUAUUGAAGAAGAAGCACAUAAUACAAAAAGAAAUGGAAUCUAACAAACAAAAUUGAUAUUUUUUCGGACAGUAAUAUAACGGUUAUACAGCAGAUAUACUUAUAUAUACUAUAUUUCAGAUGAAAUUUAAAACUAAAGUACAGAAAAAUUUAAAAAAAAAACUUUAAAACUCCAGCAACUAUACAUAUAAGAUAGGGCAGCAAGCAAACAAAACAAAAAAAGAAGCGCAAAAAGAACCUGUGAAAAGCUAGAAGCGUGCAGUACGAAAAUGAAUGUCCGAAGAAAUCGAACAGGAAACUACUAAAAAUAUACUAUAAUUGUAACAAUUUAUUGUGAUAGUCGAUCGAUGAUAAUUGAUGAUGAAGACGAUAAUGAUUUUGAUGAUGAUAAUUGCUAUAAUGAUUUUUGAUGAUUAUGACUAUGGUGAGAAUGCGUUGUAUAUUUACAUCUCGUUUAUUCAUAUUUAAAAAUAAGAAAUACAAAAAAUGGCGACAAAAAAAUACACACACACAAAUGAAGAAUCUUACUUAAAAUCAAUAGAGAAAAAAA